CUGGCAUGUCGUCCUGGACGACCACCCUUGAAGGCGACGAAGACACCCCGAAGUUCUUUGUGGGCUCUCAAGAGGAUGAGGCGGAUUUCCUGGGAUCAGACAUGAAGAUGGAGGAGAUCGACUUCUUUGAGGAUGAUGAAGAGGAGGAAGAGCUGUCGCCAGAGCGGCAGAUCGUGGUAGGCAUUUGUGCCAUGACCAAAAAAUCGAAAUCGAAGCCCAUGACGCAAAUCCUGGAGCGCCUCUGUAGGUUUGAAUACAUCACUGUGGUGAUCAUGGGGGAGGAUGUCAUCCUGAAUGAGCCGGUGGAGAACUGGCCCCCCUGCGACUGCCUCAUCUCUUUCCACUCCAAAGGCUUUCCCCUGGACAAGGCUGUGGCCUACGCCAAGCUGCGCAGCCCUUUCUUGAUCAAUGACCUGGACAUGCAGUAUUACAUCCAGGACAGGCGCGAAGUGUACCGCAUUCUGCAGGAGGAGGGGAUAGACCUGCCUCGUUAUGCUGUGCUUAACCGAGACCCUGACAAGCCGGACGAGUGCAACCUUGUGGAGGGAGAGGACCACGUGGAGGUGAACGGGGCAGUCUUUCCCAAGCCCUUUGUGGAGAAGCCCGUCAGCGCCGAAGACCACAACGUCUACAUCUACUACCCCACCUCAGCAGGAGGGGGCAGCCAGCGCCUUUUCCGCAAGAUUGGCAGCCGGAGCAGCGUUUACUCCCCAGAGAGCAGCGUCCGGAAAACCGGGUCCUACAUCUAUGAGGAAUUCAUGCCAACAGAUGGCACCGAUGUCAAGGUGUACACCGUGGGCCCUGACUAUGCACACGCCGAGGCCCGGAAGUCCCCGGCUCUGGAUGGGAAGGUGGAGCGAGACAGCGAAGGGAAGGAGAUCCGCUACCCGGUGAUGCUGACGGCCAUCGAGAAGCUAGUGGCCCGGAAGGUCUGCGUGGCCUUCAAGCAGACCGUGUGCGGCUUUGACCUCCUGCGGGCCAACGGGCACUCCUUUGUUUGUGACGUCAACGGCUUCAGUUUUGUGAAGAAUUCUAUGAAAUAUUACGACGACUGUGCGAAGAUCUUGGGGAAUAUCAUCAUGCGUGAACUGGCCCCCCAGUUACAGAUCCCGUGGUCCAUCCCCACAGAGGCCGAAGACAUCCCCAUCGUCCCCACCACCUCCGGGACCAUGAUGGAGUUGCGUUGCGUGAUUGCCGUCAUACGCCACGGGGAUCGCACCCCCAAGCAAAAGAUGAAGAUGGAAGUGAAGCAUCCAAGGUUUUUUGAGUUGUUUGAAAAAUAUGACGGCUACAAGACCGGGAAGCUGAAGCUGAAGAAGCCGGAGCAGCUCCAGGAGGUGCUUGACAUCGCCCGUCUGCUAUUGCUGGAGCAAGGAGCCUCUCCCAGCGACUCUGAGACGGAGGAGCAGAAGUCCAAGCUGGACCAGCUGAAGACUGUUCUAGAGAUGUAUGGACAUUUCUCGGGUAUCAACCGCAAAGUGCAGCUGACCUAUUUGCCACACGGGCGCCCCAAAGCCUCCAGCGAAGAGGAAGAUGUCCGGAAGGAGGCCUCGCCAUCUCUGCUGCUGGUGCUGAAGUGGGGUGGGGAGCUGACGCCCACUGGUCGAGUCCAGGCAGAAGAGCUGGGCCGGGCUUUUCGCUGCAUGUACCCUGGGGGUCAAGGGGACUACGCGGGCUUCCCUGGCUGUGGCCUGCUCCGCCUCCACAGCACCUACCGCCACGACCUGAAGAUCUACGCCUCCGAUGAGGGCCGGGUCCAGAUGACAGCGGCGGCCUUUGCCAAGGGCCUCCUUGCUCUGGAGGGGGAGCUGACGCCCAUCCUGGUGCAAAUGGUGAAGAGCGCCAACAUGAACGGCCUCCUGGAUAGCGACAGGGACUCCCUCAGCACCUGCCAGCACCGGGUGAAGGCCCGCCUGCGGGAGAUCCUGCAGAAGGAUGCUGCCUUUGAGGAGGGGGACUACGAGAAGCUGGCCCCGACAGGCAGCAUCUCCCUCAUCAAGUCCAUGGGCAUCAUCCAGAAUCCUGUGGAGAUCUGUGACCGGGUCUUUGAGCUGAUUGAGAGCCUCACUUCCCAAAUCCAGAAGCGCCUGGAAGACCCAAAGUCUGCAGACCUGCAGCUGUACCACAGCGAGACCCUGGAGCUAAUGCUGCAGCGUUGGAGGAAGCUGGAGAAGGACUUCCGCCUGAAGAACCGGCGCUACGACAUCAGCAAGAUCCCCGACAUCUAUGACUGUGUCAAGUACGAUGUGCAGCACAACCCGUCCCUGCAGCUGCAGGGCACCUCUGAGCUCUUCCGCCUCUCCAAGGCCCUGGCGGACGUCAUCAUCCCACAGGAGUACGGCAUCAGCAAGCCGGAGAAGCUGGAGAUUGCCGUCGGCUUCUGCCUGCCUCUUGUGCGCAAGAUCCAGCUGGACCUGCAGAGGACCCACGAGGACGAAGCGGUCAACAAGCUGCACCCCCUGUAUUCCAGAGGGGUCCUGUCUCCCGGGCGCCACGUCCGGACACGCUUGUACUUCACCAGCGAGAGCCACGUCCACUCCUUGCUGAGCAUCUUCCGCUACGGAGGCCUCCUGGAUGAGUCGAAGGACCCCCAAUGGAAGAGGGCCAUGGACUACCUCGGCGCCAUUUCCGAGCUGAACUACAUGACCCAGAUUGUCAUCAUGCUGUACGAAGACAACAACAAGGAGGCGUCCUCCGAGGAGAGGUUCCACGUGGAGCUUCACUUCAGCCCGGGCGUCAAGGGCUGCGAGGAGGACGGCAACGCUCCGGCGGGCGGCGGCUUUCGUCCCGCCUCGGCAGAGACCGACCAAGCCCGGCCCCUCUCCUCUCCUGGGGUGGAGCCCGUCCUCCUUCAGCGACGCUCACCCUUGAUCCGGAAUCGCAAGACUGGCUCCAUGGAGGUAGUGCCGAGCAGCCAGCCGCUCUGUCUUCUGUGGGGGAUCCUCAUGGCCCGCCUGCCUUUUCCAGGGUCCCAGUGCUCAGGCCUCUUCAGCACCACAGUCCUGGGGGGCUCCUCCAGCGCCCCCAACCUCCAGGACUAUGCCCGCAGCCACGGGAAGAAGUUCGCCUCGAGCGUCCUCUACAAAGAGGAGCUCUUCUCCAAGCCAGCCAUAAAGCGAUUUUCUGUGUCAUUUGCAAAACACCCAACUAACGGUUUCGAAGGCUGCUCCAUGGUGCCCAGCAUCUACCCACUGGAGACCCUGCACAACUCGCUCUCCUUGCGCCAGGUGAACGACUUCCUGACGGCGGUGGCCGGGAGCUGCACCCACGCACACCCAGGAGCUCCCACAGAACUCUUUGGCCCCCUGAUGGACAGCCGGGGGUCAGGAGACGGCGCCUUGGGGCCACAGCAAGUUCUGUCCUCUCUGCCCCUGCGGCCUCGGUCGGACAAGCCCCCCUGGUACAGCAGUGGCCCCUCCAGCACAGUCUCCAGUGCGGGCCCCUCCUCCCCAACGUCCGCGGAGAGCUGCCCUCGCUUCAGCUUCCCCGAGAGGCCUCCCCUCAGCCCCCAAACCAGCAAGGAGAAGCCCGGCCCUCAGGUGCCCCUCGGCGUGGACGGCGACCACGAGAGCCCGCCCCCCCCAGACCGGCUGGAGGCAGAGCCCCGAGGGACCCCACCGUGGCCGCCUUUGCUCACGGGCCGUGGGGAUGGGGUGCCCCCUUUGCUGCUGGAACAAGAGCGGAAAGAGCAGGAGGAGGAGGAGGAGGAGGAAGAGGGGGAUGUGGGACUGCCCGGGACGCUGUCGUUGCUGACCAUCAGCAGGGAGGGAGAGGCGGGAGAGCUGGCGAUGGCAGGGCUGCCUGAGCAAGAGCUAGAGAAGCCCUCGGGCUGGGGGGAUCCCCUCCAGGGACAAGGGGCCGCCCAGCCCCUCUUGACUGCUGAAGGAGAGCGCGUGGGGUUGGAGGCCCCUGUCUAGCAAGCGGUGCAAUGGGAGGGAGGGCUGCCAGGGGUCGCCUUGCGGUGGAGGAGGAGGCACCUGUGGGGGCCCACUUGGAGGCCAAGGGCUCUUUCUGCCACAGAGAUGUGGCCUGUCCCAGCAGCAUGGCCCAAGGCGGCCGGAGGAAGCACCUACCCCCCCAC